AUGAGCCGGCCGUCCGCCAAGCUUUGCGCCGAGUGCUUCCCAGGAGCCUUACGGCCCUCUCGGACACUGCGUACUACCGCACCGCUACGGGGCGCUCGCGCUGCUCGUGAGAGAUCUUACACUACUCGACGGAAUGGGCUUUCGGUGCCUGUCGCGCGGAGAGAUCGGGAAUUGUCUUCUACUUUCUCCCCGGAGAGGCUUGCAGGCUCGCAGAUGCCAUUGCGCUCGUCGCAGAAGGCGCGGGGCUUAGCUACUGCUAGUAGUGAUUCGGCGACGUCUACGGAAGGUGUUCUGGAGAAGAAGAAUGCUGAACCACCACAAGAUGGCCCGAUGAAGGAGUAUGAUGAUCGAGUGCAGGCGGGUCGACUUCGCGAUGAUCCGUAUCAAAGAGCGAUUAUUCAGAAUCUGCAGAAUAUGUACGAGGCUCUGAAAGAUUAUACUCCGUCCAAGAUCAUUCAUCCAACCGUCGAGUCUUUGGAUCCUCAGCCCAAACAGUCGUUCUUCGGCUCGUUGUUCAGUCGCGGAGGCGAUGGGAAACCUUCGAAAUUGGCCAUUCCUGAGAACCUUCCCGAAGGACUCUAUAUGUUUGGUGAUGUUGGGUGUGGGAAGACUAUGCUUAUGGAUUUGUUCUUCGAUACGCUGCCGCCCAAUAUUAAGACCAAGACUCGUAUUCAUUUUCACAAUUUCAUGCAGGAUGUACAUAAGCGCAUGCAUGUUGUGAAGAUGAAGUAUGGGAAUGACUUUGAUGCAUUGCCUAUGGUUGCUGCUGAUAUUGCUGAGACUGCAAGCGUGCUUUGCUUUGAUGAAUUCCAAUGCACUGAUGUUGCUGAUGCGAUGAUUCUACGAAGACUUCUAGAAAUCCUGAUGUCUCACGGCGUUGCCCUCGUCACAACCUCCAACCGUCACCCAGACGACCUCUACAAAAAUGGCAUUCAGCGUGAAUCUUUUAUCCCAUGCAUCAACCUCCUCAAGAACGAACUCAACGUCAUAAACCUCAACUCCCCAACCGAUUACCGCAAAAUUCCCCGCCCCCCAGCAGCAGUCUACCACAACCCCCUCAACGAAGCCGCAGAAGCCCACGCCCAAAAAUGGUUCGACUACCUCGGCGACCCAAUCAACGACCCACCCCAUCCAGACACCCAAAUAGUCUGGGGUCGCACCAUCAAAGUCCCCAUAGCAAGCGGCAAAGCCGCAAAAUUCACCUUCAACCAGCUUAUCGGCUCCGCAACCGGUGCAGCAGACUACCUCGAGCUAGUCCGUCACUACAACGCCUUCAUCAUCACAGAUGUACCGGGUAUGAAUCUGAACCAGCGUGAUCUGGCGCGACGAUUCAUUACAUUCAUCGAUGCUGUGUAUGAGAGUCGGGCGAAACUUGUCUUGACUACUGAGGUUCCGCUUGGGAAUCUGUUUCUUUCCCCGUCGGAUGUGAAGGAUGGGUUGAAGAAGGAUGGGGAUGAUUCUGAUCUGUCGGAUGCGAUGCGGAAUCUUAUGGAUGAUUUGGGGAUGUCGGUACAGGCGCUUAAGAAUACGUCGAUUUUUAGUGGUGAUGAGGAGAGAUUUGCGUUUGCGAGAGCGCUUUCGAGACUUUCGGAGAUGGAGAGUAAGGAGUGGGUUGAGAGGGGGAUGGGGAUUGGGAUGAAUGAGAAGGAGGGGAAGGAGGAUAGAGAGGCUUGGUUGAAGACUAGGAGUCAUUGGAGUGAGGAUAAUAUGUAG